AUGGACGAUGACUUUCGGCAAACACAAACAGCUGAUUUUGGCGGCUUGCUGCUGAUUCCGGCGGACUCUGGCAGAGCAAAUGAGUGGUUGGUCCAAUGGAUUGAAAUAAUCUGUGCAGCUGUUUUUGCCUCUGCAGCACUUUGCAUGGUUUUGCUUCCUCCCCGGAGUUUUAGCUCUGGUGAGCAUUCAAAUGUUGUUCUUGGAACUAUGACCAUUUGCGGUAUAGCAAAUGACAUCAUUUCUGUAGAAAGGCCAUAUCAAUAUGUGCAUAUUCCCAGUGAAGCCCCUCAAGUCAUAGAAGGGAGUCGCCCUACGGCAGAUUGGCCGGCUGUGGGGAAAGUAGAGAUACAAGAUUUGCAGGUCAGAUAUAGGCCCAAUGCACCUCUCGUUCUUUGUGGGAUAAAUUGCACUUUUGAAGGAGGGCACAAGAUUGGUAUUGUUGGCCGAACUGGCAGUGGGAAGACUACCCUCAUAAGUGCUCUUUUUCGUUUGGUAGAGCCAGCUGCAGGGAAGAUUACAGUUGAUGGCAUUGACAUCUCUGAAAUUGGACUUCACGAUCUGAGGUCACGUUUCGGAAUAAUACCUCAAGAUCCUACUCUUUUUAAUGGGACUGUGAGAUACAAUUUGGAUCCCUUGUCUCAAUAUUCUGACCAAGAAAUCUGGGAGGUUAUUGGAAAGUGUCAGCUGCAAGAGGCUCUUGAGGAAAAAGAAAAGGGCCUCGAAGCCUUAGUUGUGGAAGAUGGAUCGAAUUGGAGCGUGGGGCAGCGGCAACUUUUCUGUUUAGGGCGUGUACUUUUGAGGAAAAGUCGGAUAUUGGUGCUCGAUGAAGCAACUGCAUCAAUUGAUAAUGCAACUGAUAUGAUUCUGCAGAAAACUAUUCGGACUGAAUUUGCAGAUUGUACUGUAAUCAUUGUGGCACACAGGAUACCAACCGUGAUGGAUUGCACUAUGGUUCUUGCCAUUAGCGAUGGAAAAGUAAUGGAGUAUGAUAAACCUAUGAACUUGAAGAAGAGAGAAGAUUCCCUGUUCGGGCAGCUUGUGAAGGAAUACUGGUCCCGUUCUGAGUCUACAGAACCCCAUUGAACGUAACAAUAAUUUCUUAUGCUGGCUUUCUGAAAAAUGGGAAGAAAAAAAAAGGUUUUAAGUAGGAAGCAGGGGAAAAAAAGCUUCAAUGGGGCUCUAAAGAAAAAGAAAAGCAUUGAGAGGCCAUGUUCUAGGUUGUGUAGUGUAUCUAGUUGUAUGGAAGUGCUAUGCUCCCUGGCCUCUUUCUAAAGAAGGCAACAUUUAUAAUAUUAGAGCUCCACUAUUAUGAACAGCAUCCUCCGCCAUUUUGAUUUGAACAGGCGCAUUCAAUGCAUCUUUGUGGAGUUUAUGGGUUUUCCCACUGCAGGGGUAAUAACCAUAAUUAUUCUGCAGAAAACAUUUAGACUGAAUU